AUGGCGCUGUAUCUGCGGCUCGCGACCUGCCUAACCGUCGGAGGGCCACGACGGCACGGUGGUGCCGGCGCAAGAACGACCACCACGGCGUACGUGGCGGCGGCGGUCUCCGCGCGUGCUGCCGCCGCUCGGAGCCCCUACGAGGUGCUGCGGGUGGGCGAGGCGGCGCCGGCGGCCGAGGUCAGGGCGGCGUACCGUGCGAUGGCGAAGCGCGCGCACCCGGACGCGGGCGGCGGGGGGAACGGGGAGGCGUUCCUGGAGCUCCGGCGGGCGUACGAGACGCUGUCGGACCCCGCGGCGCGCGCGCGGUACGACGCGUCCGUCGUGGCUGGCCGGCUGCGGCUGGCGCGCGAGCGCACGGGCGGCCGGUCUGGCCCGGCGCCGGCUGCCAGGCGAACGUGGGAGACCGAUCAGUGCUGGUAG